CCCGGUUGCCAUAGAGACACGUCACACACAACAACAUCACUCUUCCGCUAGUCGUAAUGCGGUCAGCUGAGGAGAAAACUGUACUUUUAUGUGCUUUAGAUGAUGAUGUAGAGGGACUUAAGCGUCUUUUGGAAAGCAAGAGGGACUCCGAUACUCAGGAAUCGGAGAAUAUUUUGUGGGAAAAAGAUGAGGUGGGACGAAAUGCGCUGUUUACUGCGUGUAUGUUGGGACGGAGCGGCAUCGUGCGCGAGCUCGUGCAGAACGGCGCUGACGUCAAUGAAUUCACAGCGCGCGGCUACUCACCAUUGCAUUGUUCUGCCAUGUGGGGUCAGCUGGACACUUUGAAAACGUUGGUUGAGCUCAACGCUGAUUUUCAAGCUAUCAAUUUCCGUGGAGAGAAAGCUGUUGAUGUGGCCCGGCAUUAUGACAAACUGGACUGCGCAGAGUAUCUGGCAUGGGCUGAUGAUAUUUUUCUCCCAACAGAGGCCAAAGAAAGUUUGCAAGCAUUAAUACAAGAAGUCAGAGACAUUAUAGCUGAUCAAGAGAAAGUUCAAGGAAAGCUCAGUAAGGAGGACAAGAACGUGUGUAUAAACAUCUGUUCGGCAAAAUCAGACUGGAUACACAAAACCAAAACUGCAACAAUUCAAGACUUUAUUGAACAGAAGAAGCACCUUGAAGACGUACUGGCAACGAUUCUGCUCAAGCUUAACACACAAUCUGAAGCCACAACGAAGACAAGAAAGCAUUAGAACUACACUGCAAAGAGGCAUUAAUAUGAUGUUGUUCAAUAACAAUAAGUAUAAACUAUUAAUAAAAUGUUUGGUUACAUCUACUCAA